AAACUUUUUUUGCAAGAAAUACCAAAAAAGUCUCAGGCCAGGUUAGCGGCACCCGGGGCAUUAUUGGCAAUCGCACCGCCUUCAAUCUUCAAACCUUUGGCGGCCCAGCGAAUGGAUAUAAAACAGGAGCGCAUCACCCACAAGACACCAAAACCAGAGGCGGUGCCGUUUCCGCGCCUCUUUUAACCCCUUUCUCCUCACAGUUGCUCUUCGAAUUCUGCAACUAGAGAGAGAAAGGUACCCCAAUUACGAUGAACGGGUCGGUCAUUGAGGACGAUGUCGUCCAAGUGAAAGAUGAGGCGAGUGACUCGGAGAGCAUUACUUAUGAGUCAACGGAAAUGGAGCCAUUGGAUGACAGAGCUCUGCUUCAUCUUGAUGAAGGGAGCGAUGAGCACGCCAAUUUGAAGCAUUAUUUCUUGGUUUCCAUCGGUUCGCUGGCGGAACGCUGUUCCGUUUUGGCUAUUCGGAGACUGGUGCAUUGCUCUUCCGUUAUGGGGAGGGCGCAGAUCGAGGCCUUCAAGCUGUAUGAGAGGGCGUUGGCGGAGAAGAACGGCGGCAAUCCCAAUCUGAAUAUGGGGUGGUAUGGUACUUCCAUAGAUGGGGUUCGUAAGAUUGUGAAAAAUGGCUUUGGUUCUGAUGGAGUGCCGAUGGGGGGCCCGUUUGGUUUCGGCAUAUGCAUUUAUGGAGGAUCAUCGCCGGCGAAUUGCGUCCUGUCGUCAGUUGCUGAUGCAAAUGGAUUUAAGUACCUUAUUUUCUGUCGAGUGAUAUUGGGAAAGACAGAACAGUUUCUUCCUGGUACAAAACCAUUUGGACCGAGUUCAGAUGAGUUUGAUUCUUGUGUGGAUGAUCAGCAAUUUCCCCAGAAGUAUAUUGUACGGUAUUCUGAUGCUAAAACUCGUGUGCUGCCAUUGUAUGUGCUGACUGUCCAAUUGGACACCCAAUCCAAAGGGAGCCUGAACGAGAUUGUAACAAGGCCACACUCACCAUGGAUAUCUUUCAACAAGCUGAUCUAUAUUCUUUCUAAGGGUUUAUCUUCUUCAAAGAUCUGCUUGAUUAAGAAGUUCCACGUCAAAUAUAUGGAAAGGAAAAUUUCUCGUGAGCAGUUGGUAACUCACCUUAGGCAAACAGUUGGAGAUCAUUUACUGAAAUCUAUCAUUCGAAAGUUUCAACAAAGAUUGUAAACAGAUGAUAUCUGCUUUUUCUUCUACUUCGAGCACUCGCGAGGAUUAACAAAUAGAACUGACAUUUGGUUGUAUGACAGCUACAGCAAUCAGAAUCUUUCAUCAACUGCCUC